GUUCCGGCCACCUCCCUUCCUCUGGGGAUACGCUGAGCUCAGCAAGCCCGGCUCCACCAGCUCUGCCCCCUGAGCCCAUUGGCUUCUGGUCACCUGAUAAUGCUCUUGCUGCAGACAGGACCUCUGUCCUGAGGUGCACUUGUGCCCAGAACUCUCCGUUGCUGCCCUGGGGCCUCCUUGCGCCCUCGGAUUCCAGCUCAGCCUCUCCCGUCUCCUGGCUCAUGGCGCUACUCUUCUCCCUAAUCCUCGCCAUUUGCACUGGACCUGGCAUUUUAGGGUCUUUGUCCAGAGUGCGGCUAGUGGGAGGUGACCACCGCUGUGAAGGUCGUGUGGAGGUGCAGCAGGAUGACGAGUGGGUCACCGUGUGUGAUGACUACUGGAACAUGGACGCUGUGGCCGUGCUGUGCCGGGAGCUGGACUGUGGAGAGGCCAAGAAGACCAUGAGUGGCACUGUAUAUGGACCAGUGACACCAAAGGACCAAAAAGUCUUCACCCACUUGUUCAGAUGCAAUGGGAUCGAAGAAAGCCUGUCUCAGUGUAAGAAGGAAGAUGCUAUCAGAUGCUCCCAUGCUGAGGAUGCGGGAGCCGUGUGCGAGCAGAGAGUGAGGCUGGCCGAUGGCCCCGGGCGCUGCCAGGGCCGAGUGGAGGUGAAGUUCCGAGGGGAGUGGAGCUCUGUGUGCCAAGCAGGCUGGAGCUUUGCAGUCGCCAAGGUGGUGUGCCGGCAGCUGGGGUGUGGACGGGCCACCCUGACCCGGAGAGGCUGCAACAAAGCGACCCAGGGCCAAGGGGCCAUCUGGCAGAGAAAGGCGUCAUGCUCAGGACAAGAAGUGAGCCUUCAAUAUUGCCUUUCUGAAGUUUGGGAACACAACUGUACCCACAAUGAGGACGUGUGGGUCGAAUGUGAAGAUCCCUUUGGCUUGAAGCUGGUAGGAGGACGCAGCCACUGUGAGGGGAGGCUGGAGGUGCUGCAUAAGGGUGAGUGGGGCUCUGUCUGCGACGACGGCUGGGGACAGAAAGCAGACCGGGUGGUGUGCAGGCAGCUGGGCUGCGGGGAGCCCCUGUCUCCACCUGUCAAAGUCCGGAGAAGGUUCGGCCCCGGGGUCGGCCGCAUCUGGCUGGACGACGUCAACUGCUCGGGGAAGGAGCUGUCCCUGGAGCAGUGCCCACACAGGUCCUGGGGCUACCACAACUGUAACCACAGAGAGGACGUGGCUGUGGUCUGUGAAGAACAGCAGCCUGGCCUACUUGAUGCUUGACCCACAGGCCCCAAGCGCCCUUACUUCUCCUGGGCCUUGAUCGUCCCGGCCUGAGCCCCCCAGCCGCAUGCUGUACCCACAGCCCCGCUCUGCCCCCAGGAAGAGUCUGAACUCUGCCUACGCCUUGCUCCAGAGCCAAGCGCUCCCGUGGUCGCCCGGAGUUACCGGGUGUUGCAGGCCCUCCGCCGGGGGAGAUGGGCCCUCGUCCCCUUGCCCGCACAGCGGCCCCCCUGCCCCGGCUGGGGCCUGUCCUGCCUCCCCUCGCCCAGCCCGGCGCUCUUUGCAGCACGGGCUGUUGCCCCGCCCCAUCUCUGUGCCUGCAAAGAACGUGAAGGGAGCAGGACAGUUACGUGGAACUUGGGGGGAAAGCUUAGAACCUUUUAAACUCUUUUUCUCACACUUCGGACGACCAUGACGAUGCAUUGCACCUCGCCGCCCUCCUGCUGCUUGGUGGCAACACGUCCUUUCAGCAGCAGAGCAGCGUCCUGGAAUUCUAGACCCUUUCGUGGCACCUGGAAACCAUGUUGCACCCCCUGAACGCCCAGAAGAAAACGGCUCUGGUGACCAGCCAGCGAGGUUGCGGCCGAUCGAGCCGCUGCGCGCACACACGUGUCCUAACGGGUCCCAGGAGACGCGCUGGCUGUGCGGCUGUGACCAGAAGGAGGGAGAGGCCCGGGGCCGUGCCUCACGCCAGUCAGAUGGUGCCUCUCAUUUUAGCCUCUCACACGCUGGCACCUGCAAGUCUGAGGCGACGCGCGAGGCUGGUAAGGAGAGAAUCGAGACUUGAUUCUAAAACUCGAGCCUUAGACUCUGAGCACCUGUAAUGUGCCUGCAUUUACGCCGCCUAAUAAAGUCGAUCUCACGGUCUAAACGUCUCAACCGUUGGCUCCUGUGCGAGGUGCUUUUUUUUCCGCCCCGGGGAAGCAGGUGCGUCAGCGACGGCCUUUGGGGCAGCAGAGACCCCGCCAGCACUUAGGACCCCGUGCCUUCUAGAGCCCUACCCUCCUGCCUCUUCCCUAGGGUGGGGACAGGGAACAACCUGGUUCCAGAGCAGAGAAGAAAAGGCCUUAUCACACAUUUGGGGACCAACCCUGUGACUCAAAGAGACUUGCCUGCAUUUGCUCAGCUCCCUUUAUCAGAUGAGGUCUUCCUGAUUUCCCCCACAGACCAGUACCCUGUUCCCGUCACCCCAUAGGAGCUGGAAACCUAGAGCUGCCUGCACCGAAAAGCUGUUGUAUCCAACGUAGAGCAGAAAGGGUUGGAAUUUCACAACAGGAACUCUGAAUCUCCCUUAAUUUCUGCAUUAGAAUUUCGUUUGUUUCCAUGCCGGCCAAGUCCCCUGAGAACCCAUCAGAUCAAAGUAACAGCACUUGGAAGAGACGGGGUGGAUCCCACCCAGAAGCAAGAGCUGGCAGGAGCCUAAGUGGUGUCACCGAAGGAGAGAAUACGGAGGUGACGCUGGCCUGUUGGAAACGUCGGGGAGGAGGCCACCUCGAUGUCCACAGCGGGCACGGAUGACAUAGCGAGCCAGGGCCCGAGGAGAUUCACGUGUGACAGUGACUGCCCGCGCUCAGACUCUGCUGUGUCCUCCGGGACACGCGGCUAGUCUCUCCCAGGUGCCUCUUAUCAGAGGACACAGCGGCCAGCGCCCCCAGCCCAGCCCUGGCAAAGCGGUCUGCUCCCCUCGAGCUCUGCCUUCGGGGGGAAUAGUGCCUGCGCAGGUCAGGGGUUGUGAGCUGGCUCACACCUUUUCCUCCAAGAGACCCUCUUGAGACCCGACCCCUCCUCACCCUUGUCAGGCCCUUGCCAGGGCACUUCCUGGCCCACACAUGCCCGUGUGCACCCCCUCAUCUGGCCUGGGGCAGAUGGGGCCCUCCGGGCCUGUGGGGCUGGGGACUGACCGUACCACCUGCACAGUCUCCCACAUAGAGGGGUCCCGGGCCCUGAAAAUCACCCUGAGGCAGCAGUUACAAGUCUGUGACAACCAGCACCCCCUUGCAGCCUGACAGGGUCCGGGGCCUCGCCAGCAAACAGGGCUCCCAGAUCUGUCUUAGUAGGAGACACUGUGGGCAACCCUCUGGGCACUCGGGCAGGCGGGCCACUCUCCCGCCACUGUGCCUUCAGUGGACUAUCGUCCCCUGGGAAGGUGACUUAGGGCUUGCAAGCUGCCAUACGCCUCAUUCCCCAAGGACCACUCUUGUGGCCCUGCCUGUCCCACCCUCGACAGAGGGUCCCGAUCACGGCACCCACACCUACACCCAGCCUGCGCAGCCAGCCGGGGCAGAGUCCCCAGUAGCAGGGGGCCACGCCCUGAAAUCACCCUCAGGCAGCAGCUACAAAUCGGCUGCAGUCAGUCCCCGCUGGGACCUGCCACCUCUUGGUCCCGGCUUCUCCAAGCAACCGGGGCUCCCAGCUGUCCCUUCCGUCGCAAUGCAGCACGUGGCCGGUUCUCAGAACGGACGGGACGCCUUCCCACCUGGGCAGUUGACACAGCUCGCUUCCCCCGGGGCCGUCUCUCUCUGUCUGCCGGUUGGCGGUUGGAGACCCUGACGACGUGGGGAGGGCAGAGCCAGAGCGUGGAGGGGCCCGGACACCCAAGUGGCCCGGGGGCAUAUGCACCUCAUCGGGUCUCUGCUGAUAAGAAACAAAUAUGGCUUGUGUUAAGCCGGGAACACCUUUGGGUGUCUCAUUUACGGCCCUCAGCUGAUUCCGGCUCCCACGGACAUAAACAGUUUUUACAAAAUCAACUGCAUUGCUUCCGGGCUCACCAACACACUCUCUGACGUGACUUCG